GUCACAACGGCAACCAAGAAACCGGUGCGAUUUGGGGCCGGGGGGUUGCGGGAUUUCAUGAAUGUGAGUCACUUGGAACUGCCCGACAAGUAUAGGACGCUACUGGAUAGGUAUCUCCAACCCACAUCAAACCAGUACCCCUUAAACAUGAGACUUGGUAAAUACUACGCCUUGUACAUUCACGAGUUUCGUAGGCUGCGAGGUGAACCCGAGUCACCACUAGUAGCUUUUGUGCGCCAGAAACAUAGAGCAACAGGAAUUGCAAAAGGGCGUGUUAUGCAGUGGAUUAGAGCUGAUAGGUUGCUUGCAACGCGGAAUACACUACUCUCUAUAUGGGUUAGAAACCCCCUAAAGCACCCAGAGCACACUACUCUAUAUGGGUUAGAAACCCCCUAA